AUGACCCGCACAUACUGGUCUCUUGAGGCACAUCGCAGUGUGGCAGGUGCUGCUCUUGCUGCCUUGCUCGUGCAAUUGUUCAUGGCGGUACUCGAGAGUGGACGUCUAAGAGGCCUAGAAGAUACAAAGCAGUCUCCAGAGGAGAGCGCUAGCUUUGUGUCACGAAGUCUAUUCCUAUGGCUUAAUCGUCUUCUAUGGACCGGCUACCAACGUACACUGACCGCGGCCGAUCUAGGACCGAUCCAUCGCAGUCUCUAUACAGCACAAUUAGAUACUCAGUUCUCACGGAUAUCUACAAGACGUUCGAUUUCGUAUUUCGGUCUACCUGGCCGAGCUCUCUUGUGUCUAGGUCGAUACCUCUUCCUCCCAAUAAUCCCUCGGCUGUGUCUUACUGGAUUCACCUUUGCACAACCGUUCCUCGCCACCGAGCUGAUACGCUAUUUGGGCGAUGAAUCUGCUCCCAAGAAUCAUGGCUAUGGCCUUGUCGGUGCCUCAUUCCUUGUAUAUGGAGGAAUUGCUAUAUCGAGAGGCUGGUAUUCGCAUUUGAACUACAAAGCCGUGACUUGUAUGCGUGGAGGGCUUGUCGACAUUGUCUUUAACAAAGUGCUUCGGUUGCCAGAAGACAAAGAGAACGAGUCUAAAGCACUGACUCUGAUGAACAGCGAUGCUCAGCGAAUCUCCACUACGCUGGCGUUCUUACAUGAGCUUUGGGCAGGAUUACUAGAGACUGCAUUGGCUACGUGGCUCUUAUGGCGACAAGUCGGGCCAUCGAGCUUGACGGUCGUAGGGUUGGCGCUUGCCAGCACCGUGGUAUCUACUUUCAUUGGAAAGUCAACCGGACCCCAACAGCAGAGAUGGAUGAAAGCCACCGAGAACCGAGUCUCUGCCACACGGAAGAUGCUGUCAUCUCUGAAGGCAAUUCGAAUGACUGGGUCGGGGCUGCUGGCAGGUACCAUGGUCGAAGACUUCCGACUUAGAGAGUUUGCCGCAUCGAAGAUAUUUCGGAGACUCAUUGUCGGAGGGGUUCUAUCAUCGUACACUACACUUACUAUAUCGCCCGUACUCGUGUUUGGCACAUAUAUCGGAACCACCUUGUCCCAGCACCGGAACCUGGACCCCGCAAGGCUGUUUACCUCUUUAAUUCUUAUCACCCUAUUGGCCAGUCCGCUCAUCCACAUUCUGCAGAUGUUUCCGUCUCUUGGUGCUGCAAAAGGGUGUUUCCAGCGGAUCGAAGCGUUUCUUGAAAAGCCAGAAAGGUUUGAUUAUCGCCAUCUGGCUUCGGAUCAUCCUUCCCAAGAUCAAAUGGAAAACGAGAACGAUGUUCCCAGUGAGCAAGACAACUCUGCAAAGUCUGCUAAGGUCACCGCACUUCCUGUAGAUACAGCAAUAUCCGUACAGGAGGGUGAAUUUGGAUGGACCACUGAGCCCCACUUGCAUGCCAUUUCUCUUAAUAUUCGCAAAGGGGAACACGUUGUCAUCACUGGCCCCGUUGGAGCUGGGAAGUCACUAUUACUGAAGUCCUUGUUGGGCGAAGCUAAGUGUACUGGAGGAUCGGUGCAACUAGGCAGUUCUCGAAUCGGAUACUGCGGUCAGGCUGCUUGGAUAGAGAAUACCACCGCUCUAGAAAAUGCAUUCCGAUGCGCGCAAGAAGACCCUGCCUGGCGUCGCAAGGUUAUUGACGCGUGUGCUCUAGGUGAUGUAAUUGAGUCGCAGCCAGCCCAGGCAACUGUUGGCAGUGGAGGCGUUCGUAUUAGCGGAGGAGAGAAACAGCGCCUGGCACUGGCUCGAACGAUCGCAUGGAAACCUGAUAUUAUUCUCCUGGACGAUGUGUUCAGUGCCCUGGAUCAGAAGACGGUCACACAUGUACGGGACUCUCUCUUCGGACCACGUGGACUUUUGCGGUCACUGGGCAUUACUGUGAUUGAAACAACAAAUCAUGAGCGGUGGGCUGCAAUGGUUGACAGUGUCUACCAAAUUGAUGAAACUGGGUAUCUAGUUUCCUGCGACUCCCCUGUGUCUUCAACUUCAGCCAGUGGGAACGAUACAAAUGUUCCUCCAGAGUCAUGUCAGUUGCCUGAGAAUGGCCACGAAAGGCCCGCCGAGAAGUCCAAAACUACCGCGAAGCCAAUGGACGAUGUUGUCGCUAGCAUCAAGGAUCGAACAGUCUAUCGAAAAUACUUUGGCUCAAUCGGGACAGCCAACAUGAUGAUUUUCCUCUUCUUCGGUAUUGCGUUCGCAUUUUGCAUCAAAUUUCCAGAUAUUUGGGCGCAGUGGUGGUCUGAGGACAGCCACAAAGGGACCCACAAUGUCGGCUACUGGCUGGGAUUAUACGCUAUGUUGCAGGUGCUGCCACUCGUCAUGAUGGCGAUCUGGCUGGGGCAUAUGAUGAUGAAAAUUGUCCCUGCAUCUGGAGUUGGGCUUCACCGUCAACUACUCAAGACCGUCUUAAAUUCGACAUUCUACUUCGCCAGCACCACCGACUCAGGAGAUCUGCUCAAUCGGUUCACUCAAGACCUAAUGAUGGUCGAUAUGGAAUUACCUAUCCAUAUGUUGAACACCACGACAACACUAUGGGAGUGUAUGAUUCAGAUUGUCCUAGUCGCCGUGGCAGCAGUAUAUGCCAUCGCCGUGCUACCAGCUGUAAUGAUCGUUCUUUUCCUCAUCCAGUACUUCUAUCUCCGCACCUCAAAACAACUGCGUCAGCAGGAAUUGCAGUCCAAAGCAAGCCUUCAUACCAAGGUCCUCGAGACGUGUACAGGGCUGGAGAUUAUUCGUGCCCAUGGUUGGCAGGGUACUUGGCAACGGGAGUUCCGCAAGGAUCUGGACAGAUCGCAAGAGCCUUUCUAUCUGCUUUAUUCCAUCCAGCGCUGGCUGCAACUCACCUUGGAUCUGGUCGUGGCCGGUCUUUCUGUGGUUGUGACCGGUAUGGCCGUGGGGAUCCGUAACAAAACAACGGUCGGAGCCAUUGGUGUUGCAUUCCUGAACCUCACCACGCUGGGCGAAACACUAACCACGCUAAUUAACUCCUGGACCUCCCUCGAGGUUUCCUUGGGGGCUAUUGCUCGAAUUGAGGCUUUCGAAAGAAGCACCCCGCUCGAACCGGAGGUGGAUUCCCCUGUGGAUGUUCCGAGUUCAUGGCCCGCAUCUGGAAUGGUCAAGUUUCAUGACGUGUGGUCUAGCUAUACCCCAGAGCCAGAAAGCCCGAUCUGGAGUUUGCAUGGUGUCUCCUUUGAAAUCCAACCAGGGGAAAGCAUUGCCAUCUGUGGUCAAAGCGGGGCUGGCAAAUCUACGUUGCUGCUCACGUUGCUGGCACUUGUCGAAACCCGGAAGGGCACGAUCAGCAUUGACGGGGUAGAUAUCUCUCGAGUUAACAGAUCUGUUUUGCGCUCGAGAUUCCACGUCAUUGCCCAAGACACUUAUCUACAAGGGGAGACUCUGAGAGACGCACUGGAUCCACAUGGGGGCUGCAGCGACGAGAACAUAUGGGAUAUUCUCACCCAGUGCGCGAUCAAAGAAAAGGUGGAGAGUUCUGGAGGAUUGUCCGCUUUGCUAAAAGAUGUAACUUUCUCCAGCGGUGAGGCUCAGUUGUGCUCUUUGGCUCGCACCGUUCUAGAAGCGGGUCAUCGGUCAGGUGGUAUCAUCCUUUUCGAUGAAGCUACAAGCGGUGUUGACAUGGCAAAUGAACAACGAGUUCGAAGCCUGAUCAAAGAGAGAUUGCCUGAUAAAACGACAAUUUCAAUUUUGCACAGGCUCGAGGCGGCGGUGGAAUACGACCGGAUUCUUGUUAUGGAUGACGGGAAGGUCAUUCACUUCGGUAGUCCGGCAGAGGUUGUUCAUGAGUCCGAACUUUUUUCCUCUUUGAGGGAAUAG